GGCGGGGCCAACCGGGCCUUGAUUUGAAUAUGCACAGAGCGAGGCUCGGCCGCGCCUCGAUCGGGCCGUGGAUCUCCGAAUCGGAGACUGAUGUAUGUGCUGCUUUCAGAGUUCCAGCCUGGUGAUGUGAUGGACUCUAAGCCCCAGUCACUGUGCUCCCCAGUCCCUUGUGCAGCUACUAACGGCCGGAGUGGAGCCAAACAACUGUCAAGUAGCCCUGACACAGGGGAUGCCCGUCCGAAGCCCCCCGUGAAACCCAAGCCAUGUGUGCUGCCAAAGCCCGCUGUGCCAAUGAAACCCACCCCUGUGCUGCGUCAAGCCCUUUCUGAAGUCCCCUCUGCAGAAAAGAUCAAUUUGCUGGCAGGACCUAAGCCAUAUAGCAGUGGGGCUGGCAAUUCUGUGAAGCGUCUCUCCUUCAGCCUCAAGUGCCCCCCAAAAGAAGCUACAAAUGGGAAAGAGGUUUCACCUCCAUUUUCUUUUGCUAUCAAGCCAUCUGCAGAUGGGGAAGGUGCUGGGUCUGCAAAGCAAUCCAGCGUUAUAGAAGGAACUUCUGGGGAGGAAUAUAGAGAAUCUUCCAGUGUACGCAAGUAUUCUUUCCCAUUCAAAGUAAAGCCAGUGCCAGUAGCAGCCAAGCCAGAACGUUUUCCUGGCACCACAGUGGAGGAGAUCUUGGCCAAGAUUGAGAAGCCCAACAAGGAAGGGCCAGAGAGCCCUGACAGGCCUCGGCUGGUACGCUCCUUCUUCAGCCAAGAGGGUGGCACAGCUGUUCACCUGGGGCCAAAGGGUUAUACUGCAUUUCGGAGAUACUCAAGUGGAGGGGAAGGGGGUGAAAUACAGUUGGAGGCUCCUGUAUACAGGGCUUCUCAUGAAGAGAGCAGAUUGUCAAGGAAUGAGGAGGAAGCUACAAGUUCAAAUGAUCAGCACGUGCCUGGAUCUGGGCAGCCAGCAACAGCAACAGAAAGAGACUUGAGUUUCCAUUCUAGAGACAGCAGCUCCAGCCCACCUAGCAUGAGCUGUGAUGGAGGCCAACCUGGACUUCGCAGUCCACCAUCUCCUCCUGGCGUCUCUGUUCCACAGGCCUCUCAACCCCUUGCCAAGCUCUCUUCUGGAGUCACCCCUGGGUCUCCUCAGGCCCCUGCUGAACCAGCCCAGCCCCCAGGUGCCCCACAUCUUCCAGGAGAUACCCACAGCACCCAAACUCAGCUUCCCCCAGGCUCUCCAGAUGUUGUUAAACCCCUCAAAUCUCCCACUGAGAUAUCUGAUGGUCUCACCCAAGCUCCAGGUUCCCCUGUGGCCCUUGCAGACCCUUGUCCUCCAGGAUCCCCCAGUGAGACUCUCUUGUCUCCAUGCCUCCCUGGCCCUUCUGCAAAACAUCCUGAAGGGUUACUUCUCCCUCUCCCUGGACCACCUCUCAGUGUGGCUCAUGUUCCACCUCCUGAUCACAGCCCAGAAAUUCCCAGUUGUCUCUUGGGCAUCUCUGAGUCACCUGGUUCCCCAAGCACACUUUCUGACUACUGUCUUGGUUCUGAUCAACCUCCUGGCUCCCCUUCUCAUGUACAAGAGUCCCUUUUGCUUUCCAGGAACCAAGAUUCCCCCAAGAAUCAUACACAGGGAUUUCCUCCUGAGGACAAGCCCCUCCACCUUUCUCAGCUGCCCUUGCGGCGUGCCUCAGAGGGUGUGCUGGAGCCACGAGGCAAAAAAGCCAAGGAGGAGCUGGGGGGAUCUUUGGCUGCCCUUCCAAGAGGAGGGAACCCACCCUUAGAGCAGAUUGCAGUGGGAGAGUCCAAUUGGAGCUUGUCACAGUCUUUUGAAUGGUCAUUUCCUAACCGGACUCUUGAGUGUGGUGGGAGGAGACUGGGGUCUCCACCCAGGUCUCCCAUUUUAGAGGCAGAGGACACAGGCCUCUUGGAGAUAGAGAUGGGUGGGAAGAUCUCCAGUCCCAAAAGGUCUUAUGAGGAGAGAAGUUCAGAGGGGCUGAACAGAAAAGAAGAGGAGUCUGAGGCUUAUGGGAGCUCUCCGGGUUGCAGGGAUUCCUGGAGUCAGGCUGUGGGGCAGCCAGAGUCCCCUUCUGCCCUUUUGCAGUUGCCUGCACCUGGAGGUCCUUCUGCUGGGAGAGAGGCUAGUAGUCCUGAGUUAAAGGGUCCCCUAAUGGCAACAGUUGUUGGGUUUCAAGAGGAGAAUGAGGGAUUAUUGCCUUUUGUUCCUACCCAUGAGGAGGGGGCUUUGCAGGCAAUGGAACCCAUGCCAAGUUUAGAGCAGUCUGCCCCCCCUGCACAGCCUUGCAUCUCAUUCUCAGAGGAUGCCCAGAUGCACACAGCUGUGGCUAGCCGGGAGGAUGACUAUACUCUGGAUCAGGCUCAGGAGAGCAAGACUGAUGAUGCCAACCCCCUGAGGGGGGUUGAACCUGACCCUAACUCUCACUGGUUAGAUGAAUUGCUGGCAUCGCCUCCACCCAGCGCGGAUGACACUAAGAGGAGAAGCAUGCCCAAGUCGGAUGACCCCAUAGGACCAGAGGAUCUCCUUGGAUGGUCACGGAAGGACCUUUGCAGCGAGUUUGGCAUUGGAGAGACUGGCCAAACCAGUACCUUUAGCAUGGGAUGGGCUGAAGAUGCUGUCAGCAGCAAAGAAGAGUGGCCUGAUGAGACAGAACAGGAUCGAGAGUUUGGCACUGGAAAACGGGAUUGGCUGAGCUCUUACAGUGCUGGUGACACUGACAGGCAGGAUGUGAAAUUUGCUACCAGCCCACAAGACUGGUCUGGUGGGACUCCAUUGCUGGGUAAUUCCAGCACAGGCCAAGAAGAUUGGCUCACUGCCUAUGGCAGCAGCUGUGCUGACCCGCAGAUUAGGGAGUCUGAUUGGAGCAGUAGGUAUAGCAUUGACUCUGCUGAAUGUCAGAAUACAGAGCCUUAUGUGAGGAAGCCAGGCUGGCCCAGGCUCUGCACUGCUGCUGCUGCUGAUCAGGAGAGUAGGGAGUUUGCCAUGGGCAACACAGACUGGAACAGCCAGUAUACUGUAAGUACUGCUGACAGGACUGACUGGCCCAGCACUGCUGAACCUGCCAGCUGUCUCGAAUCAGAGACGAACACUAAGUCGUUAGAUGUAUCAGACAAAUGCAGUCCUGCCAGUCAUCAGGAUACGCAGCUCAGUAUCGGGCACAGUGAUAUUGAUGUACCCUAUCAAGAGGCUGCAUUCAGUGCCCAGCAGGCAGCCUGGCAUGGUGAAACCAAUUUUGAUGGAAGUGCCAAUGAACUGCAAAUUGGAUUCAGUGCCCAGCAAUUGGAGCAGCCCAGUGAAUGCAGUGCCAACCAUCCAGCAUCUCAAGUGAACAUCCAGCAGCAUCCUCGGCCUGAUGCAUAUGGUUUUAGUGAUGCCAGUUGUCAAGAGUCUGAACUGAGUGCCAAACAGUCUGACUGGCCCACUAGAUUUGACUUGGGGGUUGCCCAGUGCCAGAACAGUAAAUUCAGUGUUGGGAAGCCAGAUAGCAUUGAUGUAUAUGAUGAUAGCCAAACAGACUGGGAAAGAAAAGUGGGUAUUGUAAGCAGAGGCAGCACCCCUGGGUUUGAGUCUGGUGAUGCACAGUUCCGUGCUCAGAAGACAGUCUGGCCUGAUGCCUACAUCCUUGGUGAAACUGAUCCACAAAGUAGUAACUUCUUGGCUGGCUCCAGAGACUGGGCCAAAGGCACCAAUGUCUCAGGAACUGAACAGAAAAACCAAUGCAGUCCUGCACGGAACAACCAAGGAGGUAGCUUUGAUCCACUGGAUAUGUCAGAUCUAAGAAUGACCAUAGAUUUGGUGGAGAUAUCUGACAGCCUGAUAGACCAGACUGAAGAUUUAAGAACUGUGGCUGUGGAUGAGCCUAGAGGAGUUGGAGAGGGGCAAUCUGACUGGGCCCAAGAUCUUUGCCUCAGAGAUGUAAGCCUCUCUGGAGUCUUCACGUCAGAGAACACAGAUGAACCUAGAAAACCUACAGAGAAGCAGCUUGAUUGGUCCUCUGCCCUAGGCUUGGCAAGGUUAUCUGCCUCCUCAGAUGCAGGGCUGGUGAAUCCAGAAUUGUCAAGAGAACCUGGUGUAGGACAAGCAGAUGUGCCCUAUGGAUCUGGCAUUGGAAGCAUGGAUGUAUGUGAUGCAAGGUCCAAAGGUUUGGAUGGGGCUGAAGAAGCAGGUCCAGUGGAGAUGGAUUGGACCAGUGAAAAUCAGAGAGAGCAUCAGGACCAAAGUUUUUGCUUAGGAACUACUGCUUUGAGUGGUGGUGAAAUGCAGCAUCCUGGAACAAGUAAAGAUCCAAGAGAUAGCCCAAGCAGAGAGUCCCAUAGUGAACGAUUGUCCAGCCCGAGCCACCUGCUAGAAGCGAUGGUUGCCAACAAGGCUGUCGAGGAGGUGGCUCAACAGAAGAGACCUACUUCCUCCCAUAGUUGCUAUUCAGCAGACGAAAAGGCACUGAGCAGCUUUCCUGAUGAACAGGUGACUGCAACUGAAAAGACUAGGGCCUCUCUUGUCUCAGUGGAGGUAAAAGAUGAUGAAAAGUUUUGGUCCAAUGGGGAUAGUGGUAUCAGCCAGUUGGAUAGUAGCAACUGCAGUCAACCACCUCUGGAAGCAAGGCAGCUGAGUCAUCUGGAGCAAAAUGGAAGCCAACCAGCACGACCUAUAUCCCAGGAGGGCCAUGUUACAGAUGGAGCUGAAGCAUCAUUGGGAGAAACUUUCCUCUUCUUAAUGGAUACUGAGGUCCUUGACAGCACUGCAUAUCGUGAUCGGGCUAACUUGGGCCGUAAGCGAGGUCAUCGGGCACCAGCCACUCGAUCUGGAGGUGCCCUUUCAGAGAGUGAUAGGGACAGCUGGAUGUUCAAAGAUUCCACAGAGCCUCAAGUAGCUCCUGCUGUCUCUGAUGAAGAAGCUCCUGAGGAGCCAAAGAGCAGACGGCCCCGAAAUUCUCCAUUGUCCAAGGGGGUGAAGGUGCCCCUAUUCCCAGUCCUCAACCCCUCAGCACUGAAGGCCAAACUCCGAGGCCGAAACCGUUCUGCGGAGGAAGGGGAUUCACAAAGCGAGGCCAAGCAGAGUCCUGCCAAGGAGGCCCACGUACAACGCUCUAAAUCAUGCAAGAUUGCCAGUGGAAAGCCUUUGGUGCUGCCACCCAAGCCAGAGAAAAUCUCAGGGUCAGAAACAUCAUCACCCAAUUGGCUGCAGGUUCUGAAGUUGAAAAAAAAGAAAUCUUGAAAUGGAAAUAUUGAGAUGUUGCUCUUCAGCUGCUGGAGCCUUGACAGCAGACGUUCCAGUGAGAUUGUCAUGGGUGGGAAGGUGGCAUGCUGAAGUUGGAGCCUGAUUUCCUAUCUAAGAUCUUUAAGUGUUUGGGGGGGGAUGGGGGGAGAGGGGCAGAUGAGGCACAUUUAUGCACUUUUUAUCACAUUCACUCACUCAUGCAUAUGGCGAACAGAUCCUCUCUGUUGCUAUCCUAUCUGUUUCCUCCUCCUUUCUCCCCCCCCCCCAAUGUACCACAUACCACUUUAUAAAGUCUAUUUUUUGUAAUCAGCCAAGGAACUUGGCGCUGUCUCCUUUCACCUUGUGGUAGGGAGGAGAGACAAAGCGGUGAGGCUUCUGUUCUCUCUGCUGCCAUAUAAUGCAUUUCAGACAAAAGAGGAAUGGAUUGUUUUUGUCUUUGGCCACUUGAAACAAAUAAAGGUUUUAUGGCAACAGA